UCUCUCCCUGCAGUUAUCUCUUUCCCCACAGCAGAGCCUCUCAAACCCUUCAUUAACCCUCUCCUGCCCUUGAGAGUUAUUCAGCUAAUUCCUAGCUAUUAACCCAUGCUAUCUCACAUGCAAAACAUCCCUCCCCUCCCCUCAGCCCCCUUUAAUAUACAGUCCCAUGUAAAAUGCAUCAAUUCCCUCCAUUCAGCCCCCUCCUACAUGCAUCCACUGCUCUCUCCUCUCUGCUGCUGCUUCCUGAUUCUAGGAGGCUCUGCCCCUUCCCACGGUAUCAUACUUACCAGGAACAGCUACGCUCAAGACGUGACGGCACGUGGAAGCCAAGAUUCACCAUGGCAAAUGAAGCACAGCCUUGCCCUUGUGAGCUUGGGGAUCGGUUUGACCAUAAGAAUCUUGGAAAUGAGAUUCAGAUUGAACAUAUAAAAGCUUACAUCUCCAAACCAAAAACUAGCACCGAUAAAGCCAUAAUUGUGGUCCAAGAUAUUUAUGGAUGGGAGCUUUCCAACACAAGAUACAUGGCUGAUCUGCUUGCUUCACACGGAUACAUUGCUGUCGUACCUGACUUUUUUGUGGGAAAGGAACCAUGGAACCCAUCCUAUGAUCGUGCUAAAAUUGUUAAAUGGCUUGAAACGCGACCAGCCAAUAAAGCAUACAGGGAGGCCGAUGCUGUGCUGAGAUAUUUAAAGGAGCAGUGUCAAGCAAAAAGUAUUGGAGUGAUUGGAUUUUGCUGGGGUGGCAUUGUAACCCAUUAUCUCAUGCUAAAAUAUCCUGAACUAAAGGCUGGAGUGGCAUUUUAUGGUAUAGUCCGGGAAGAAGGUGAUAACUAUAAUUUGCUUAAUCCAACGCUGUUCAUUUUUGCCGAGAAUGAUCCCAUCAUACCACUAGAACAGGUAAAAUCUCUGGAUGAAAAACUUAAAGAGCAUUCCAAGGUUGACUAUAAAGUUAAGGUCUAUCCAAAGCAAACUCAUGGGUUUGCCCAUCGGAAGAAAGAGGACAUCAACCCUGAUGACAAGCCAUACAUUCUAGAAGCAAGGAAGGACAUGCUUGAUUGGCUGAAGAAAUAUGUAAACUAAUUCACCAGACUGUUGCCAGAUAUAUUACAUUAAUAUAAUUUUUUUAAUGAGAUCGUUAAAAUUAUAACAUCAAAGAAUAGUUUGUCAAAUUGACAGCAAUUAAACUCACCUUGCCUGCAUUCGC